AUGUGGAACGGUCAAACGUUCCAGUGGUGCAAUCAACAGCCCCAAAAGUACCCCUCGUACGGGUACAACGAUUGCUUUCACUGGAGCAAUGCCCGGUGGGUGCAGGCGGCCGAGGGUGUCAUCCCUCCUGAGGCCGUCGUCGGUGGCUUCGAGGGUGAAACGACGUACAUCGGUCGGGCCAAGCAUAAGGGUGCGAUCAUCCCCGGCCGUGUGAUACCCUCGCGGAAGGCGUGCGUUAUCGGUUACGAUUACAACGAGAUCGAAAAGCACGACUAUCAGGUGCUGUGCGGGUUCGAGGGUAAAUUCGAGGUAACCAGCAAUGGCUACGUACCGGAGGGUUCCCUGGUCGCCGGAGUGUCCAAGCAUGCCAAGCCGCUGUACAUCGGACUGGUUCGGAUGGGAUUGAUGCAGAUCGUCGGCAGGAUACAGCCGGAGGACUUUCGCUGCUACAUCACCACCGAGGGAUCCGAGAAAACAUUCAAAGAGUACGAAAUUUUCGUAGGCACUUCAGGACAGAAAGAUCCUUUGGAUUCGUCCUAACAUAGCAAACCGCGUAGUGUGCC